AUGGCGGAGUUCAUACCCGAAGAUGUGAUAGUCAAAGUCCUGGAGAGGUUGCCGAUCAAAUCCUUAAUCCGCUUCACCUGCGUUUCAAAGCGCUGGCGUUUCAUCAUAUUGUCCGACCCACAAUUUGCCAAAACCCAUUACAAAGUAUCUUGUGAGCACCAAACCAUCCGCCACAGACUCCUCUUCAACAGCCCCGACAAGUUUGGAUUUGAUUCCCUUGAUUCCGAGUCGCCGUUGUCGUUCGGAGACAAUUCAUGUGUGAGAAAGGUUAGAAUCCCAUUUUUGAAACCAGGCGACAUUCUGAGUAUGCCACGCUCCUGCAAUGGUUUGGUAUGUGCAGCAGUUAUUGUCUCGUUGUCACCAAAGAUUCUGUAUCAUUGGUAUAUUUGGAACCCAUCAACUGGAUUCUUUAAAAAAUUACCUGAUCCUUCCAUGAAUAUUGUGUAUCUACAAUAUUAUGGUAUUGGCUAUUUGUCAGCCACUGAUGACUACAAAAUUCUCAAACCCAGGGAGAUAUUCUCAUCGAGAGCUAACGUUUGGAAGACCAUUGAGUUCCCUAAUUUGGAUGAAUUAUACUUAUCGAGUGAGGGGAUUCGUUCAAAUGAAGCACUCCAUUGGUUCCACGCAGGUAAUGCGGAUAUUGUUGCUUUUGAUCUGUCAAUUGAAGAAUUCCGAUCAAUGCCACUACCUACUACUUUUGAGCACGGGUGUUUCAUACAUCUGGCGGCUUCUGUUGGAGGAUGCCUGUGUGCGUUUGAUUUACAAAACGUUAAGGCUAGUGGCUCUAUCUAUAUGUGGGUCAUGAGAGAAUAUGGGGUGGCCGACUCCUGGACUAAGCUCUUCAACUUUAAGGUCUCCAGUCAGCCCGAGGAUAUACGUAUUUGGGGGCCGAUAUUCCUUGGGGACACUAGUAUAAUUUUUGAGUUUCAGAUUGCGAUUAAAGAGAUUGAUGGUGGCAGGAUACGUAUGAAUGAUUUCAAGUUGAUAAGGAGUGUUCAUGAGAACGCAGAGAAGCUUGAAACGUGUGCCUCGCGAGAGUUCAUGAUUGCAUAUGAAGAGACCCUACUUUGGCUAAACGAUUGA